UUCAGAACCGUAAGUGCGAUAUGUUUCUACGGAACGGCUUCGCAUUCGUCCAAUUCUGGUGUCGACAGCGUGUUCUUGCACUAGAUGCGCACAUGCUAUGACUCUGCUGAGCAGAUAUGCAUCGAAACAGUCAUGUGAUUUCUGAAGAGGCGCGAGGGUAUAGAUUCGCCUACCUGAUACUCCUGUACCGACUCUUCUUCCAUCCUGUCAACUUCUGAUCAAGUUCUGUAUUAGUCGUAAGCUAUCCCGACUUUCCGCAAUCUCCUGCAAUAAAAGCAACGCAGCGUCAACUUACUAUCGAAACUUGCCCCUGCCACCAAUCAACCUAGACUCCUGAUCAAAGGCUGUCGUAAGGCACCGACACAAGCAUGAUGUCUGAUCACUCCACCGAGAAGAGCGAGAUGAGACCCUGCACCAUCAAGGAGGUUACCCCUGCAGACUCCACCACCAUCACCACCACCACCAACAAGCAGUCCAAGAAAGGUCAGAAGAAGCGCGCGCGUGACGACAGCGCAAACCAAGAGUCAAGCCCUGCAAAGAAAAUAAAGCCUUCCAGGAAAUCAGAGACGAGCUCUGCAAAGAAGAUCAAGCCUGGACCAGUUUGUUACAUGAAGGCUGGCAGACACGAGUUCAUAAUCAAGGACGCCGAGCUCAAAAAGUCACACACCCUGCACCUGCUCGUCAACUCUGACGAACGGCUCGAUUCUGACGAGGAAGUGGAGGAUAUCUACAGAAUCUCCGCAAUCCAUGGAAAGCCGGCAGCAGAGCUUAACCUGGCCAGACACUCCGAGGCGACAGCACAUGUAGCCUGGCUCUUUCUUCGAAACGGAAACGAGCCCGAUCUCAAACAGUAUCGGGGAAAGUGGGAUGUCGGCGAGGAGCUCAGAAGUUUGCUCCAGAUAUUCCCAGAUGCUGGAGCUCUGCUGGCUGCAGCACAACUUUUUGAUCUCGGCAUGGGCUUGCGUUCCAAAGAGCUUCAAAAAGCCGCAUUUUCGUGGUACCAGGAGACACGGGCUACUACUUGGAGUUCAGUCUUCGCAAAACCAGGUUUGGGCGUAUGGGUCUCCACGAGAUGGCCAGAGAAACAGCAGAAAUACGAUCAAUAUGUCGCAUGGCUCAGAAUACUCAAGGAAAACGAUCCUGAAUUUAUACGAGUGUGCUCGGAGAUGGCCAAAGCAGUCGAAGACGACCAUGCUGGAUUAUGCGCCGACCUCACCGAGCUGAAGCAAUUGGAGCCUGCAUCGUACUACAACUAUUGGAUGAGCGAUCAGUCUUCGUCAGCGCGUACGGAUUCCGGAGCGAAAAGCAACGUAGGUUCUCCCGAAGCCUCGGACACGGAGGAAAGCGAGGUCCCAUCAGACGAUGAGGGCAAAGUUCCAUCGGAGGAUGAGAGCGAAGAGUCAGAAGAGGAAUGAGAGAAGUUCAUCUGGACAGACAGAACAACAUAUUCAGUUUGUCCUCGUUCGGUGGGAUCUAUCAGCACAUACUGAGAGUGUGAAGCUUG